AUGCCGAGACUGCACAACGCCGGGAGCGAAAUGCGGACCCUUCCGACCGCAUACAUCAGCAAUCGAGAGAGAAAGGUCGCCGCCACAGAGCCAGCCGAGGAUCGCCAUGCGGACCGUCUCGCACGAGACUCUGACCAGUCACGUGACCCACCCAGCUCCUUCCGCGGUCAGCGCUCGGGCAACGGCAACGGCAAGCUGCAGCCUGCAUUCAUCUUGCAACACCCAUCUCGCCCUGCUUUCUCCACUCCCUCGAGUCUCGACCCGGAAGCCAUCACUUGCAGCGUUCUCGACCAGCGCACGCCACGCUUUUCUUCAGCUCAGCAGCAAGAGCGGCAAGGUCCCAUCUCCGCGCAUUGCGAUCUGGCACGCCUCAAAGCCACCAUGGACGCACAGGACAUUGUCUCCAAUAUUGCCUUCACGACCUCCGGGUCGCUCGUCGACUGCGUCGAUAAAAAGAUGCUCGUCGUGCUGCGAGACGGCAAGAAGCUCAUCGGUGUUCUGCGAUCUUACGACCAGUUUGCGAACCUCGUAUUGCAAGACACCGUCGAGCGCGUUUUUGUCGGCAACCGAUACGGCGACAUUGCACGCGGCGUCUUCCUCGUGCGAGGCGAAAACGUCGUGCUCAUGGGCGAGAUUGAUCUGGACGCCGAGGACGAGGUGCCACCAUCGAUCGCCGCGCCCUUGCCGCCAUCAGCGCUGCCGCAGCUCCUGGCUGCCAAGGAGGCCGAGGCCGAGUCCAAAGCAAAGAGCGAAGCAAAGAAGGCAGACGUCCUCCGCAUAGCCCGCGGCUUCUGCGCCGACAAGAGCGGAGACGGCGACACGUACUAG